AAUUUCCGCACAACAAUCGAGCUUUUGUGUUGGACAACGAGGCCGCAUUAUGAACAAUGCUGCUAUUCACUCCAGCUGACAAUUGGAAAGCAAGACCCUUUAUUUGCCUGUCCGCGGCCUUCCUUCAUCUAGCCAUCUGCCGCCGUCCAUGAGCAUUAUUGGUGACCGAUCCAAUAUUAUUGCUGAUCGGACGAUCAACGAGCUGCGCGGCAAUGUCAGUCAUUUGCAGAAGGAUAUCGAGUCCAGGGCUGCCACCAUCCAGCAUCUUCAGCAGGCAUUGAAGGCGAAGUCGCAAACCAUUGAAAUUCUGCAGAGGAAUGCUAAGGCCCCUGGAAGCGACAACCAGAGUCUCGAAGCGUACAUUCAGCAGGUCGUGGAGGAGAAAUGUCGGAGCCAGCUUGCUGCAAAGGACGAGGAGGUGAACUGUCUUAUGGAGCUACUCCACGAAAAGGAAGACCAGUUGGCGCAGGCACCGGCAGUGCCGGCACCGGCAGUGCCGGUGGUUUCAGCGUCUGAGCAGGCGGAAUUGGAGGAGCUGCAGGCGGAGCUGGCCAGGCUGCGGAACGAGGCUGACGCGGACUCGGACGACUACGGCACUGACGACCUGGGUCAAGAUGAAUGGGCCGAGAUGCUGAAGGCCAAGCACUUCCAGGCUCUCUUUAUGGGUGCCGAGACAGUGGGCGAGAACGCUUCGAGAGCGGCGUCAGAUCUGCAGGAGCACGUUCACAACAUCACGGCAUCGCUGGAGUUCUUCCCCCAGAUGAAUCCGCACAUCCUGGAGGAGCUGGACCGCAAGGGCCACGGCUGGGAGCUGCGCAAGUUCCUUCUCAUCAUGCAGAAGGCCACAGACCGUGCGCUGCGCAUCGCCUCGGUGCUGCUGGACCUCUCCGAGAAGAGUGCGGAGGUGACCAGCGAAGUGAAGAGCCUCCUGCGGCUGAAAUAUUUGGAGUGGCACCUGAAGAGCUUGCGAAUGGCUGGCCAACAUGAAGUCCUUCUACGCUUCCAGAAGAACCUGCUUGCAGCUCAGAAGGCGGACUACGAGGAUGUCCUGGAUCAAUAUGGCUCACAGUGCGAGCAGAAUGCGGAGCUGGAAGACAAGGUAAAGUCGUUGGAGACGAAACUCGAGGAGUUUACCAAGAAUCCGCAGGACGACACGAAGACUGUGGAGCUGGAGAAGGAGGUGCAGGAGCUGCGCUCUCAGCUGGAGUCUUCCCGCAAACAAGUAGAGAUGCUGGAGCUGGCCAAAACUGAAGCACCAGAGAAUGCGCAGCAAGAAAGCGACGGAUCUUCUGGACAUGCAAUCAAAGGUAAAGGCAAGGGAAAGAAAGGCCCCGGACCCCCGCCGCCACCUACCGAAGCAGCCAGUGAGGCAGUAGCUGAAAAUGAGCCAGAAGGCACAGAAACAGCAACAGAGCAGGCGCCUGCAGAUGGCGAUGCCAGCAACCCUCCAGAGGCUGCCAAGGCAAAAUCGAAGGGCAAGGGAAAGAAAGGCCCGGGACCCCCGCCGCCGCCUACCAAAGCAGCCAGCGAGGCAAUAGCUGAAAAUGAG